AGUAAAACUACUAAAAGAAUUAAGAAAAGUAAUAAAGGUUAUAAAGAAAAAAAUAUUGCUACAUCAAUAAUUGAUGAACUUUUAAAUAAUAUAAAUGAAGAUAAUAAUGAUAUUAUUUUAAAUAAUGUUAAUAAUAAUAAUUCAAAUGAAAAUAUUAAUGAGUAUGAUAAUAAAGACAAUAAUAAUGAUAAUAAUGAAGAUGAUAAUAAUGUUAUAAAUUAA